UGCCGAGCUGCGUGCCAGGCAGCCAGUGUUUUCUCCUCGCUCUAACUGCAGAAACAAGAAAGAAAAAAAAACAACAUUUAUAUUUUCGUCUCGGUAGUCAAUUUCAUAGACAGCAACCUCAGCAAGAAACCGACCUUCUCAAGUCGUUCCUUAACCUUACUUACUUUUUACUUGUAUACUCUAUCCAUUACCCAUCUAACACCUCUAAUCUCAAAUCAUUAACGAUCACCAAAGCAAGAAAUGGCGAUGCUCUUUCUGCUUCUCUUGUUCUCUUCUUCUUUGAUUUCUGGUUUCACUUACGGUGCAAAGCAUGAGAAAGAGUACUGUGCCAUGUAUGAUAUCUGUGGAGCACGCAGUGAUGGCAAAGUUCUCAAUUGCCCCUUUCCUACCUCUUCUGUCAAGCCUGAUGACUAUUUCUCUGCUAAGAUUCAAAGCUUGUGUCCUGCAAUUAGUGGAAAUGUUUGUUGUACUGAGACUCAAUUUGACACUUUGCGAGCUCAGGUCCAACAAGCAAUUCCUUUGCUUGUAGGCUGUCCAGCUUGCUUGAGGAACUUCUUAAAUCUUUUUUGUGAGCUAUCUUGUUCACCCAAUCAAAGUCUUUUCAUCAAUGUCACUUCUAUUUCUGAGGUUAAUGGCAAUCUCACUGUGGAUGGUAUUGCCUAUUAUGUGACCGAUGAUUUUGGAGAAAGGCUCUAUGACUCCUGCAAGGAUGUAAAAUUUGGGACUAUGAAUACACGAGCAAUAGAUUUUGUUGGUGGUGGUGCCAAUAAUUUUAAAGAAUGGUUUGCAUUUAUUGGUCAGAAGGCACCCCCUGGGUUUCCUGGUUCACCUUAUGAAAUUGAUUUUAAGUCAACUAUUCCUGAUUCAUCAAAAAUGGUCCCUAUGAAUGUCUCUGCUUAUUCAUGUGGAGACACUUCACUAGGAUGCUCUUGUGGUGAUUGCCCUUUAGCUCCAGCGUGCUCUAGUUCAGAGCCACCUUCUCCGCCCAAGAAAGAAUCCUGUCUGAUUAGAAUUGGGCCUCUCAAGGUUAAAUGUCUUGAUUUCUCUGUAGCAAUCUUGUACAUCAUAUUGGUUUUUGCAUUUCUGGGAUGGGCUUCUCUUACUCGGACAAGAGAAAGAAGAGCUGCAGCCGGCAAAGAACCAUUGUUGAGUUCGAUGGAUGAGGUUGAAGCUGAUUCUACUGAAAUCCAAAAGGAUGGAAAGGUGCCUCGGUUGAUAAAUAGGUUCCAACUAGAUGGUGUUCAAGGACAUAUAUCAAGCUUUUACAGGAAUUAUGGAAAAUGGGUUGCUAGAAAUCCUACUCUUGUCCUCUGUUCAUCAGUUGCAGUUGUUCUUGUGCUUUGUAUAGGAUUAAUCUGUUUUAAGGUGGAGACCCGGCCUGAGAAGUUGUGGGUAGGUCCUGGGAGUAAGGCAGCAGAAGAGAAACAUUUUUUUGACAGCCACCUUGCCCCCUUCUACAGAAUUGAACAGCUUAUAUUAGGAACCUUGCCAGAUUCGAAGAAUGACAAGAGAAACAGUAUUGUCACAGAUGAAAAUAUCCAGUUACUAUUUGAAAUACAGAAGAAGGUUGAUGGAAUUCGUGCAAAUUAUUCAGGCUCAGUUGUAUCUCUGACAGACAUUUGCUUGAAGCCUCUUGGCGAUGAUUGUGCCACUCAAAGCUUGCUACAGUAUUUUAAAAUGGACCCUGAAAAUUAUGAUGACUAUGGAGGAGUGGAACAUGCUGAGUAUUGCUUUCAGCAUUAUACUACUGCAGACACUUGUAUGAGUGCAUUUAAAGCCCCUCUUGACCCUAGCACUGCCUUAGGAGGAUUUUCUGGGAACAACUAUUCUGAGGCAUCUGCAUUUGUCGUUACCUACCCAGUUAAUAAUGCAAUUGAUGAAGCAGGCAAUGGAAAAGCUGUGGCAUGGGAAAAAGCUUUCAUUCGGUUAGUGGAGGAAGAGCUGCUGCCCAUGGUGCAGUCUAGCAAUCUUACACUUUCGUACUCUAGCGAAAGCUCAAUUGAGGAAGAAUUGAAAAGAGAAAGUACUGCAGAUAUUAUAACUAUAGCAGUGAGCUAUGUUGUAAUGUUUGCUUAUGUUUCUGUGACAUUGGGGGAUGCAUCACGCUUGUCUACCUUCUUUCUCUCAUCCAAGGUAUUGCUUGGCCUUUCAGGAGUUGUUCUUGUUAUGCUUUCUGUCCUUGGAUCUGUUGGAUUUUUCAGUGCAGUUGGAGUCAAAUCUACAUUAAUAAUAAUGGAAGUCAUUCCUUUCCUGGUUUUGGCGGUUGGAGUGGAUAACAUGUGUAUAUUGGUGCAUGCUGUGAAGCGCCAAUCAAUUGAGUUACCUAUAGAGGAGAGAAUAAGUAAUGCACUGCAUGAAGUUGGCCCAUCAAUUACACUUGCUAGUUUGUCUGAGAUUCUGGCAUUUGCUGUUGGAAGUUUUAUUCCUAUGCCAGCAUGCCGUGUUUUCUCCAUGUUUGCAGCUUUGGCUGUUCUAUUGGACUUUCUUCUUCAAGUCACAGCUUUUGUUGCACUGAUUGCAUUUGACUGUCGGAGAGCUGAGGAUAACAGGAUUGACUGUUUCCCAUGCAUCAAAGUUCCUUCAUCACCUGGAGGAUCUAAUGAAGGCAUUAAUCAAAGAAGACCUGGACUUUUGGCCAGAUAUAUGAAGGAAGUUCACGCACCCAUUCUUGGACUUUGGGCUGUAAAAAUAGUAGUCAUUGCUAUCUUUGUUGCAUUUGCGUUGGCAAGUGUGGCACUAUGUCCUAGGAUUGAGUCUGGUUUGGAGCAACAAGUGGUUCUUCCCCGUGAUUCCUACCUUCAGGGUUAUUUCAAUAAUAUUUCCGAAUAUCUGAGAAUUGGACCUCCCUUGUAUUUUGUUGUUAAAGAUUACAACUAUAGCUUGGAAUCAAGGCAUACAAACCAGUUAUGCUCCAUCAGCCAGUGUGAUUCAAACUCCCUUUUGAAUGAGGUAUCGAGGGCAUCUUUAGUUCCAGAAUCAAGCUACAUAGCCAAGCCUGCUGCUUCAUGGCUUGAUGACUUUCUUGUUUGGUUAUCACCAGAGGCCUUUGGUUGUUGUCGUAAGUUCAUGAAUGGUACUUAUUGCCCACCAGAUGAUCAGCCUCCUUGCUGCUCACCUGAUGAAUUUUCUUGUGGCUUUGGUGGAGUUUGCAAAGACUGCACAACGUGCUUUCGGCAUUUGGAUUUGGUUAAUGAUCGGCCAUCUACAGUGCAAUUUAGAGAGAAACUUCCAUGGUUCCUCGAUGCUCUGCCAUCUUCAGAUUGUGCAAAGGGUGGUCAUGGGGCUUAUACCAGCAGUGUGGAUCUAAAUGGUUACGAGAAUGGUGUUAUAAGAGCUUCAGAGUUCCGUACAUAUCACACGCCGGUUAACAAACAAGGGGACUAUGUCAAUGCUCUACGAGCUGCAAGGGAAUUCAGUUCAAGAAUUUCUGAUUCCUUGAAGAUUGAAAUCUUUCCGUAUUCUGUGUUCUACAUUUUCUUUGAGCAGUACCUGGACAUUUGGAGGAUAGCUUUGAUCAACAUUGCUAUAGCACUUGGUGCUAUAUUUAUUGUAUGUCUGGUCGUUACUUCCAGUUUUUGGUGUUCAGCAAUCAUUCUACUUGUUUUGGUGAUGAUUGUCGUGGAUUUAAUGGGUGUAAUGGCAAUUCUGGAUAUUCAACUAAAUGCAGUUUCUGUUGUCAACCUUAUAAUGUCAAUUGGAAUUGCCGUUGAGUUUUGUGUGCAUAUAGCACAUGCAUUCUUGGUGAGCCAUGGUGAUAGGGGCCAGAGGGCAAAAGAGGCUCUGAGCACAAUGGGAGCUUCCGUCUUCAGUGGAAUUACACUCACAAAGCUUGUUGGAGUGAUUGUCCUUUUCUUUGCGAGAUCUGAAGUUUUUGUGGUUUAUUACUUCCAAAUGUACCUGGCAUUGGUUAUUAUAGGUUUCUUGCAUGGACUGGUGUUCCUCCCAGUGGUGCUGAGCGUGUUUGGUCCGCCACCAAGACAUGUCAUCAUGGAAACAAGAUGAGCCUCUACUUCAUCAUCCUUGGGCUGAUCAACAUGCAUAUUGUAAUUAAGAACAUUGCAAGACAUAAUUAUGGAAAGAGUACUGAACUGUUUGCACUACACUCCUAGUAUUUGGGAAGAGUGUAAUACAACAACCAUCCGGGGGAAACAGCUCAAGGCUAGGACACUUAGUACAGCCAGUUCAAUUUAUUUACCCCUGUCAAGAUCCUUCAACUGUUCGUAAAAACAAUGCUCAUCACUUUAUGUCUUUAA